ACUGACCCCAURGCGAGAGCAUAAUGGCAGUAAAUGUAUACCGGAGACACUUGCUGCAAAGRCAGCAUAACAAAGAGAGAGAUAGGAGUUGCCUAGUUGACCACACGGGAGGUACAGACAAAUCCACUCCCUAUAAUGACACCAUGAGCUCACCUUUACGCACCAGCCCGCCCCUCUGCAACAUUUGUACUGGACACUAACUGCAUGGCUCUUUGUCAGUUUGCCUGCGCGUAAUUCAUGGUAACGUUAGUGCACUGUAGCGCUGAAGAUUUAAGUUGGAUGUCUGUCUGUUCGUUUCGAUGCAAACACAUCAGCAACCAGACAAAGCUACURCCGCGGAUGCUAACAACCUCAGUUUCGCGCCUUUCACUGUCUUCUCUUGCUGCACGUCUGUGUAGCCGACACAGAACACAACGCUCUUUGCUGAUGCUGGAAAAAUGUCUACUUCCCUUGCAUGAGUAGAGCAGAAACCGAGUUCGCAGCAUGGUGAAAAGCAAAGGUCGUCCCCUACCUCCCACACCUUCGUCCAGCCUGCUACCCCCUGCCCCACCUCCACCCACUGGCCCACCCCAUCCUGUCCCCCCAGCCAUCAGGGAGUGCCAAGUGCCCCUGCUGGACAGCGGCUCCCCCCACGUCAUGCUGGACCCCCCUCCUGACGACGAAUUCUCCCCCAAUUCUUACCUACUCCGGGCCUGCGCACCUCCACCCCAGCCCCCCUCUGCGGGUCCUCCCAACAACCACCACAGUCAGUCUCUGCGGCCGCCACUCCCUCCUCCUCACAACCACCACCAGUCGUCGGCCAACUCCCUGAACCGCAACACCCUGGCCAGCCGCCGCGGCCCAACCCAUGCCCCCUCGGCGGCCCCCGGGGAGGGCCCAUCCACGCCAGAGUCAGUCCAGCUCCAGGAAAGCUGGGCGCUGAACAGCAGCGUGCCCCUGGAGACCAGGCACUUCCUGUUUAAAACCCCGUCCGGGACCACUCCCCUGUUCAGCAGCUCGUCUCCAGGGUACCCCCUGACGUCUGGGACCGUCUACUCCCCCCCACCGCGGCUGCUACCCAGAAACGCCUUCUCCAGGAGCUCCUUCAAGCUGAAUAAACCCUCCAAGUACUGCAGCUGGAAAUGUGCUGCCGUGUCGGCCAUCGCUGCUGCCGUCCUGCUGGYCGUGCUGCUCUCCUACUUCAUAGUUCUGAAUCUGCUGGGGCUCAACUGGCAGCUGAAACCGGCCGAUGGUCACCUGAUCAACAACGGACUGAGCACUGGCCUGCCGGGCAGGAGCGACGUGGCAACAGUGCCCUCCGGAGGCAGAGGACCAUGGGUGUACAGGAACAGUAGUAUAAGUACAGGUGAGCUGGAGGUAGGUCGGCGGCUGAGCCAGGACGUCCCCCCAGGAGUGUUCUGGCGCUCCUUACUACACCUCCGCCAGCCCCUGUUCCUCAAGUUCAACAUCUCCCUGGGCAAAGACGCACUCUUUGGGGUGUACAUCCGCAAGGGUCUGCCCCCCUCCCAUGCACAGUAUGACUACAUGGAGCGUCUGGACGGGAAGGAGAAGUGGAGCGUGGUKGAGUCUCCUCGGGAGCGCCGCAGCAUCCACACGGUGGUUCUGAACGAGGCCAUCUUUGUUCAGUACCUGGACCCUGGCACCUGGCAUCUGGCCUUUUACAAUGACGGCAAGGAUAAGGAGUCUGUCUCCUUCAGCACCGUGGCUCUAGAUUCAGUGCAAGAAUGCCCGCAGAAUUGCCAUGGAAACGGAGAGUGCAUGUCGGGCGUGUGCCACUGCUUUCCAGGAUUCCAUGGCAUGGAUUGUGCCAAAGCUGCCUGCCCGGUCCUGUGCAGUGGCAAUGGCCAGUAUGACAAGGGCUCGUGUAUCUGCUACAGCGGAUGGAAGGGUUCAGAGUGUGACGUCCCAGUGGGCCAGUGUAUUGACCCAGUUUGUAACGGCCAUGGCACUUGCUCCGAGGGCUCCUGCACGUGCUCUGCAGGUUACCGUGGCGACACCUGCGAGGAAGUGGACUGUCUUGACCCAGGCUGCUCUGACCAUGGUACCUGUGUGAGUGGGCAGUGCCACUGUAAGCCAGGCUGGGCCGGCCCGCUCUGCGAGCAUCCCCGGGCCCAGUGCCCAGACCAGUGCCACGGACACGGUGCCUUCAUACCCGACACAGGCAUCUGUAGCUGCGACCCAAACUGGAUGGGACCAGACUGCUCCAUGGAGGUGUGCUCGUCGGACUGUGGCGCCCACGGCCUGUGUGUUGGCGGUGUGUGUCGCUGUGAGGAGGGCUGGACAGGCGCCGGGUGUGACCAGCGUGUCUGCAACCCGCUGUGUGUGAAGCACGGGACAUGCCGGGAUGGGAAGUGUCAGUGCCAACAGGGCUGGAACGGAGAGCACUGCACCAUCGACGGGUGCCCGGGCCUCUGUAACGGGAACGGCCAAUGCACCCUGGGACAGAACAACUGGCGCUGUGAAUGCCACACUGGCUGGAGAGGACCUGGCUGCAGCGUUGCCAUGGAGAUCUCCUGUGCUGACAACAAGGACAACGAAGGAGACGGACUGACAGACUGCAUGGAUCCCGACUGCUGCACUCAGAGUCUGUGCCUGACCAAUCCACUGUGUCUGGGAGCAAGGGAUCCACUGCAGAUCAUCCAGCAAAGCCAAUCACCAUCCCUGAAAGUCAGGUCAUUCUAUGACAGGGUCAAGCUACUGGUGGGGAGGGAUGGCACCCACAUCAUCCCCGGAAACAACCCCUUCAACUCAAGCCUGGCAUCGUUGAUCAGAGGCCAGGUCCUGACCACGGACGGGACUCCCCUGGUAGGGGUCAACGUGACGUUUGUCAAGUACCCUCACUAUGGUUACACCCUGACUCGACAGGACGGCACAUUUGACCUGGUGGCCAAUGGGGGUGCGUCUCUGACCCUGCGCUUCGAGCGAGCGCCGUUCUUGAGCCAAGAGCGCACGGUGUGGCUGCCCUGGAACCAGUUCUAUGCCAUGGACACGCUGGUACUGAAGACGGAGGAGAACACCAUCCCAGCCUGUGACCUCAGUGGCUACGUCCACCCUGACCCCGUGGUGGUGGCCUCACCCCUCUCCUCCUUCUUCAGCUCCCACCCUGCAGAGAGGCACAUCAUCCCUGAGACUCAGGUGGUUCAUGAGCAGCUGGAGAUCCCGGGCACAGGUCUGAAGCUGUGCUACCUGAGCUCUCGUGCUUCGGGGUACCACGCCCUGCUGAAGGUGACCAUGACUCAGACCCUGGUGCCCCUCUCCCUGGUCAAGGUGCACCUGAUGGUGGCCGUGGAGGGACACCUCUUCCAGAAGUGGUUCCACGCCUCUCCUAACCUGGCCUACUCCUACAUCUGGGACAAGACGGACGCCUACAGGCAGAGGGUCUAUGGGCUGACCCAGGCUGCUGUGUCAGUGGGGUUCGAGUACGAGACGUGUCCCAGUCAGAUCCUAUGGGAGAAGAGGACAGCGGUGCUGCAGGGUUACGAGCUGCUACCGUCCAACCUGGGGGGCUGGUCCCUGGACAAACACCACGCCCUCAACGUUGCCAGUGGGAUCCUGCAUAAGGGCAGUGGGGAGAACGUGUUUGUAUCAGAGCAGCAGCCUCCAGUCAUCAACAGCAUCAUGGGGAACGGGCGCAGGCGCAGUAUCUCUUGCCCCAGCUGCAGUGGUCUGGCUGAAGGCAACAAGCUGCUGGCCCCCAUGGCCCUGGCCUGUGGGGGGGACGGCAGCCUGUAUGUGGGAGACCUCAACUUCAUCCGCCGGGUCUACCCCACUCUAAACACCACAGCCGUGCUGGAGCUCAGAAAUAAAGACUUGAGGCAUGGGAACAACCCAACACACAAGUACUACCUAGCGGUGGACCCACUGUCUGGGUCGGUCUUUCUCUCGGACACCAACUCGCGACAGAUCUACCGCGUGCGCUCACUGACCGGCGGGCGGCAGUUGUUGGACAAUGCCCAGGUGGUGGCUGGGACCGGCGAGCAGUGUGUCCCCUUCGACGAGGCCCGCUGUGGGGACGGCGGCAAGGCCGUGGAGGCCACACUCAUGAGCCCUAGGGGGAUCGCCGUGGAUAAGAACGGCCUAAUGUACUUUGUUGACGCCACCAUGAUCCGUAGGGUGGACCAAAACGGCAUCAUCUCUACCCUGAUCAAGACCAAUGACCUCACAGCGGUCCGUCCACUCAGCUGUGACUCCAGCAUGGACGUCAGUCAGGUGCGUCUGGAGUGGCCCACAGACCUGGCGGUGAACCCCACGGACAACUCCCUGUACGUGCUGGAGAACAACGUGAUCCUCCGCAUCACAGAGAACCACCAGGUCAGCAUCAUCGCUGGGAGGCCCAUGCACUGCCAGGUCCCGGGCAUCGACUACUCCCUGAGCAAGCUGGCCAUCCACUCUGCCCUGGAGAGCGCCACGGCCAUCGCCGUCUCCCACACUGGUGUGCUCUACAUCGCCGAGACGGACGAGAAGAAGAUCAACCGCGUGCGGCAGGUCAGCGCCUCCGGAGAGACCUCUCUGCUGGCCGGCGCCACCUCCGAGUGCGACUGCAAGAACGACGUCAACUGCCAGUGCUUCUCUGGCGACGAGGGCUACGCCACGGACGCCGGGCUCAACGCCCCCACCUCGCUCGCCGUGUCUCCCGACGGCACGCUGUUCAUCGCUGACCUCAACAACAUCCGUGUGCGGGCAGUGCGGCGCGACAGGCCCAUGGCCACGCCAGUGGGGCUGUAUGAGGUGGGGUCACCCCGGGAGCAGGAGCUGUAUGUGUUCAGUAGAGAUGGGCUCCACAGACAGACAGUCAGUCUGAUCACCGGAGAACCUCUCUAUAACUUCACCUACGGGCCGGACAGGGAGCUGGCUGCUGUUGCUGAUAACUGUAACAACACCCUGAGGGUGAGGAGAGACGGAUCUGGCCAGCUGAGGCUGGUGCUGUUGCCUGAGAACCAGGUGGUCACCCUGGGGCUGGACCCUGCCGGUGGCCUGCGCUCCGUAUCUGCCCUCAACCAGGAGGUGGCGCUGAUGAGCUAUGCUGCGAACACAGGCCUGCUGGCCUCCAAGGCUGAUGAGACUGGAUGGACCAACUUUUAUGAGUAUGACAGUGAGGGGCGUCUGACUAACGUCACCUACCCCACGGGAGUGGUGACCAGCCUGCACCGGGAGAUAGACCAGUCAAUCAACAUCGACAUGGAGAGCUCCAACAGGGAUGACGACGUCACCGUCAUCACCAACCUGUCCUCUGCGGAGGCAUCCUACACCGUGGUGCAAGACCAAGUACGGAACAACUACCAGUUCUGUUACAAUGGUACUCUAAGAGUAUCGUAUGCCAAUGGCAUGGGCCUCAGCUUCCACACAGAGCCCCAUAUCCUAGCCGGCUCAGUCAGCCCUACCAUUGGUCAGCGCAACAUCAGUCUGCCCACCGACAGCGGGCUGAACUCUAUCGAGUGGAGGAUGAGGAAGGAACUCAUCAAGAGCAAAGUGACCGUCUAUGGCAGGAAGCUGAGAGCCCAUGGCAGGAACCUCCUCUCAAUUGAUUUUGACCGCAACACUCGCACAGAGAAGAUCUAUGACGACCACCGUAAGUUCACACUGAGGAUCAUGUAUGACCAGCAGGGCCGUCCAGCCACCUGGCUUCCCAGCAGCAGCCUGGCUGUGGUCAACGUGUCCUACUCCCCCACUGGACGCCUAGUGGGCCUGCAGAGAGGCAGCAUGAGCCAGAGGAGCGAGUUUGACACCUUCGGACGCAUCCUCUCACGCACCUUUGUGGACGGCAAGGUGUGGAGCUUCAGCUAUCUGGACAGGUCCAUGGUGCUGCACCUCCAGCAGAGUCAGAGGCAGUAUGUGUUUGAGUUUGACACCUCAGGGCGUAUCAUCUCGGUCACCAUGCCCAGCAUGGCCAGACACACCAUGUCCACCCACGUGUCCAUCGGCUACAUCCGCAACAUCUACAACCCUCCCGAGAGCAACGCCACCGUCAUCCACGACUUCAGCGAAGACGGACGACCCCGUGCCACCUUUUACCUAGGCACGGGUCGACGCGUCAUCUAUAAGUAUGGCAAGCUGGCCAAGCUGUCUGAGGUUCUGUACGACGGCACAGCUGUGACGUUCGGCUACGACGAGACAGCCGGAGUGUUGAAGAUGGUUAACCUGCAGAGUGGGGGAUUCUCCUGCACCAUCCGCUACCGUAAAGUUGGCCCCCUAGUGGACAAACAGAUGUACCGCUUCUCUGAGGAGGGCAUGGUCAACGCCCGUUUUGAUUACACCUACCACGACAACAGCUUCCGUGUGGCCAGCAUCAAGCCUGUGAUCGGCGAGACGCCCCUGCCCGUGGACCUCUACCGCUACGAUGAGAUCUCAGGCAAGGUGGAGCACUUUGGCAAGUUUGGCAUUAUCUACUAUGACGUCAACCAGAUAAUCACAACGGCAGUGAUGACCCUCAGCAAGCACUUUGACGCCCACGGCCGCAUCAAAGAGGUGCAGUACGAGAUCUUCCGCUCGCUCAUGUACUGGAUGACGGUACAGUAUGACAGCAUGGGCCGGGUCAUCAAGAGAGAGCUGAAGAUCGGGCCAUAUGCUAACACAACACAGUACCGCUAUGAAUAUGACGGUGACGGCCAGCUUGUCGGGGUCAAAGUCAACGACUGGUCCACCUGGCGUUACAGCUAUGACCUGAACGGCAACUUGCACCUGCUGAACCCUGGGAACAGCGCACGCCUGCUGCCGCUGCGCUACGACUUGCGCGACCGCAUCACCCGCCUGGGCGACAUGCAGUACCGCGUGGAUGAGGAUGGUGUCCUGAGCCAGCGUGGCGCUGACGUCUUCCUCUACAACUCCAACGGGCUGCUAGAGCAGGCGUACAGCCGUACGCCCAGGGGGUGGAGCGUGCGUUACCGCUACGACGGCCUGGGCCGCCGCAUCUCCAGGAAGACCAAUGAGGGAGAGCACCUGCAGUUCUUCUACGCAGAUCUCAACUACCCCGGCAGGAUAACCCACGUGUACAACCACUCUGGAGGGGAGAUCACCUCUUUCUACUACGACCUGCAGGGCCAUCUGUUUGCCAUGGAGGUGACCGGCGGGGAGGAGUAUUACAUCGCCUCGGACAACACGGGCACGCCGCUCGCCGUCUUCAGCAGCAACGGACAGAUGGUCAAGCAGCUUCAGUACACUGCCUACGGGGAGGUGUACCACGACUCCAACCCUGACUUCAACAUGGCGGUGGGCUUCCACGGAGGGCUCUACGACCCCCUCACCAAGCUGGUGCACUUUGGCCAGAGAGACUACGAUGUGCUGGCAGGCAGAUGGACUGCUCCAGACCAUAAACUCCUACCUAAGAUUGGCAAGGAGCCGUCCCCGUUCAAUCUGUACAUGUUCAAGAACAACAACCCACUCAGUGAUAUGAUAGACGUCAAGAGCUAUGUGACAGAUGUGAAGAGCUGGCUGGUGAUGUUCGGUUUCCAGCUCAGUAACAUCAUACCAGGCUUCCCCAGACAUCCCAUGUAUUUUGUUGAACCGCCUUAUGAACUACUAGCAAGCCAGGACUGUGAGACUGCUCAGCUGAUCACAGGGGUGCAGCAUGCAGCGGAGCGCCACAACCAGGCCUUCAUGGCCCUGGAGGGGAGGUUGCUCAACAAGGAGCACCGGGCCAAACGGGACAAGCCUGGGUACUGGUUUGGCACCAAGAUCCCCAUCGUGGGCCGGGGCAUGAUGCUAGCCAUCAAGGACGGCCAUGUGGUGACGGGAGUGUCCGGCCUGGCCAGCGAGGACAGCCGUAAGGUGGCCCAAGUCCUGAACAACGCCAUCUAUCUGGAGGGAACCCACUACACCAUAGACGGGAAAGACUGCCACUUCUUUGUGAAGCUGGGCCUGGCUGACAGUGACCUGCUGUCUCUAGGACUGAGCAGCGGGAGGAAAGCCCUGGAGAAUGGCGUCAACGUGACCGUAAGCGGCCGCUCUCGUCGGGGUGUCACCGUGGAGAUCCACACGGUAGCGUUGUCCCUGAGUGUACGUUACGGCCUGGCGGCUGACGUGCUGGAGAAGGAGCGGGGUCGUCUGCUGGAGCAGGCCCACCAGAGGGCCCUGUCGGUGGCCUGGAUGAGGGAGCAGCAGUGUCUGAGAGAAAGCAGAGAGGGUGGGAGGCUGUGGGCAGAGGGAGAGAGGCAGCAGCUCCUGGCAGCAGGGAAGGUGCCAGGUUACGAUGGGUACUAUGUGCUGCCUGUGGAGCAGUACCCAGAACUGGCAGACAGCAGCAGCAACAUCCAGUUCCUCAGACAGAAGGAGAUGGGCAAGAGGUAACAGAGUACAAUACAACACAGCCCCUCUGACACUUCAUCUCCUAGGGAGAGUAAACAUGGGGUUUCCCUGGCAGUGCUGCAGGGGCAUCUGAGAGGACACAAUCUCACAAAACAGAUGUCUUGCUGAAGGCAAAAACAACGCCUGAAUGAGUUCAGACUAUGAUUUUAAAAAGCACCCUUAACUACUGAUGAUAUGAACUGUACAGACUUUUUUAUGAGGAAAAAAUUGAAAAUAUUUUUCACUCUUUUUUUGAGGGAUUGGUAUUGAUGCCAGUGAGGUUAACUGCUAUUCCAACAGCUUAUCAGACGUAUCCGACCCAACGCAGACAAUGACAACACAGUCAAGGCUUUUAUUUCUAAUGGCUAAACAACUCUUGAACUGUCUCAGGCCACCAUCUGAAGAACAUAGAGCCAUCACUUGCCAACAUCAUCAUAACCAUGAGCAAUGUUUAAGGACGCUCAAUUGUUCUUCAUUCAGAGUACAUAGUAAAAUAUGGUUUAAUUUAACAACAACAGAUUGAGGAUAUGACAUAUAUGUAGAUUUGUAUGUUCCUGUGCUGUAGACUUUGAAACAAGACAUUCACUUGGGCACUCCUGUUGACUUAUCCAAGAUAAGUCAGGAUAACUCUCUCACAAUUUCAAGAAAAAUACAAAUGGAAUCACAGGAUAGUUGUUUUUUUCUUGCUCUUUUUGUUUGCACUAUAUGACAAUCAUGAAGAAUUUGUAUUGAGGAUGAAAUACAUGUCUUUUAAAAAAUAUAUAUAUAUUAAAGUAUUCUCAAUACAUAUUUAAAUUUGCAGCCCAAGACAUGUUACAGAUAAAAUAUGGUAACACUUUACUUGAUACCCAGCAUCAUAACACGUUAUUACACGAUCAUAACCAUGUCAUAACAUCUGACAUAACUUGUUAUAACACUGUCAUGACACAUUUAGACCUGUUGUGACAUAAG